AUGGAAAUUGUGGUUGCUGUUAUCCAGUGCAAUGCAAAUGGGUGCCAAGCCCAAUUGCUGCUCUCUCUUGCUGCAAUUCUGUUGUUCCCUGCUCAUUUCUACUACCCAACAACUUCAUUGCUCAGAGUAGUAUCUGAUCUUGUAGUACCUUCCCUUCCCUUCCAUUUUCUUACAGAUCAAUUUCCCAAUGAAUAUAACCCGCUAUGCGAUGAUUUCCCACCGGACUUUCCACCGCCCGACACACCGACGGUGUCGAUCUUCUGUGUAGACCCCAACGGCUGCUGCAACUUCACGACGGUGCAGGCGGCGGUCAAUGCUGUUCCAAACUUCAGCAGGAAGAGGAAUGUUGUGUGGAUCAACAAGGGCGUCUACUUCUGCAUUGUUGCAGUGACAGUCCCAGCAACCAAGCCCAACAUUACAUUUCAAGGGCAGGGAUUCUACCUGACGGCAAUUGCAUGGAAUGACACCGCCAACUCAUCACACGGCACGUUCUAUAGCGCUUCAGUCUCCGUUUUCGCAGCAGGCUUUGUCGCGAAAAACAUAAGCUUCAUUAAUGUAGCACCCAUCCCAAGGCCUGGUGCUGUCGACGCGCAGGCAGUGGCAAUCAGGAUCAACGGUGACCAAGCCGCAUUCUGGGGUUGUGGCUUCUUCGGUGCGCAAGAUACCCUCCAUGACGACCGAGGCCGGCACUACUUCAAGGAAUGUUUCAUCCAAGGCUCCAUAGACUUCAUCUUUGGAGAUGCUAGGUCACUAUAUGAAAACUGCAGAUUGAUCUCCAUUGCAGAUCCAGUGCCUGCAGGGCAAAGAUCAAUCACCGGUUCAGUCACUCCACAUGCCCGGGAAUCCGACGACGAUAACACUGGCUACUCAUUCGUCAAUUGCAGCAUCGGUGGCACCGGUUGGAUAUGGCUUGGCCGAGCAUGGAGACCAUAUUCUCGUGUCGUCUUUGCCUACACAUUAAUGUCAGACAUCAUAGCCUCUGAAGGAUGGAAUGAUUGGAAUGAUCCUUCAAGAGAUCAGACUGUAUUUUAUGGAGAGUACAAGUGUACAGGUGAUGGAGCAAACCUGGCAGAUAGAGUGCCGUAUGCUCAAAAGCUUAGUGAUGAGCAAGUGUUGCCUUUCCUGAACACAUCUUUCAUCGAUGGAGAUCGAUGGCUGAAACCAUACUGUGAUUCAAUAAUAUCUGCUUGAAGUAACUGUAGAUAGAGAACAAUCGUAACUUGAAACAGGGAAAAAUAGCGCAUUCCAUUCAUUGAUCUUUCUCACACAUAUAUCCCAUAGAACCAACAAUUACAAUUGUGCAAAUGUAAGUAUUUCAGAGAGAUGAUAUUCUUGACAAAGAUUACACUAAUAAUGCUAGGGGAGACAGGAACUUUAAGCGUUGCGUUACACUAAUUGGUACAUACAGUACUUGACUAAUAUCAACAUCCUAAUGGCAAGAGUUGUCAUGUCGUAAUCAAAAUUGGCAGAUCUCAUCUUCUUGUACUGGGACUGCAGUUUCUUUCAGACAACCAAUAUGCCUGGAAUGAAAUCUCACUUGGUGCAUGGAAUGUU